CUCUCUCGCUCGCUCUGUCAUCCGUCUCGAUUUCUCUCUGUAGGUGUGGGGUUGCUAUCUACUCCACACACUCUCUCUCUCUCUCUCUACUUUCUCUUUCUAUACCUACGCGCACCAACAAAUGCUUUUUCUGCCCACUCUUUCUACGUCUUCUCUCUCUAAAAGUAUAGAUUGAAAAUGCCGUUUUGCCUUUUUUGAAAGGGCAUCGCUUCCAAGGUUUAUUUGUGGAUUGUGGAGCUACAAUGGCGUCGAGGCAUGGGUCGAAAUCGAAGAAAUCGAGCUCCAGAGGAGUGAAUACGCCGUCUUCCUCUACGACGUCGUCGUCGAAGCAUUUUCCGGAGACUUCCAUUGAAGGUCUGAGUUCGCCGGCGUCGUCUGCGAGAAGUAAACCUCAAUACUACUACUCUGAGACUCUGCCUCUGGAUGCUUCUGCUUCUGCUGCUGACAGAUCCAAAGAGAAUGUCACCGUUACUGUCCGCUUUCGGCCUCUCAGUCCGAGAGAAAUUCGGCAGGGGGAGGAGAUUUCAUGGUAUGCGGAUGGUGAAACCGUUGUGCGGAAUGAGCAUAAUCCAUCAAUAGCAUAUGCAUACGAUCGGGUGUUUGGCCCCACAACCACCACACGUCAUGUGUACGAUGUUGCUUCACAACAUGUCGUCAGUGGUGCUAUGGAGGGCAUCAAUGGCACAAUUUUUGCAUAUGGUGUGACAAGCAGUGGGAAGACUCACACUAUGCAUGGAGAUCAGAGGUCUCCUGGUAUUAUUCCAUUGGCUGUAAAAGAUGCUUUUAGUAUCAUUCAAGAGACUCCCAGCCGAGAAUUUCUUCUUCGUGUCUCAUAUUUGGAAAUCUAUAAUGAGGUUGUUAAUGACUUGUUGAACCCAGCAGGCCAAAAUCUAAGAAUCAGAGAGGAUGCUCAGGGUACUUUUGUUGAAGGAAUAAAGGAGGAAGUCGUAUUAUCUCCUGCUCAUGCCCUUUCUCUUAUUGCAGCUGGAGAAGAGCACAGACAUGUCGGUUCCACAAAUUUCAAUUUACUCAGUAGCAGAAGCCAUACAAUAUUUACACUGACAAUAGAGAGUAGCCCUUGUGGUGAUAAUUGUGAAGGUGGAGCGGUAAACUUGUCACAACUGAACCUCAUCGAUCUGGCAGGUUCUGAGAGCUCCAAGGCUGAAACUACCGGUGUGCGUCGAAAGGAAGGAUCCUAUAUUAAUAAAAGUCUACUAACUCUUGGAACUGUUAUAUCAAAGUUAACAGAUGAGAGGGCUACUCAUAUACCAUAUAGGGACUCUAAAUUGACUAGGCUUCUUCAAUCUUCAUUAAGUGGUCAUGGACGAGUAUCCCUCAUAUGUACUGUUACCCCAUCAUCAAGCAGUGCAGAAGAGACACAUAACACUUUAAAGUUUGCUCACCGUGCAAAGCAUAUUGAAAUUCAAGCGGCACAAAAUAAGAUUAUUGAUGAGAAAUCACUCAUCAAGAAGUACCAAAAUGAGAUUCGAUGUUUGAAGGAAGAGUUAGAACAAUUGAAGAGAGGCAUUGUUACCCUUCCUCAACUGAAAGAUGCUGGAGAAGAAAAUAUUGUGCUCCUAAAACAAAAGUGGGAAAAAAAAAAGCACGUGUCUACCCUCUUAAGUAAACCACUUCUGCUGGCAACUCAUCUUGCUUCUUCGUUAGUUGUUUUGGAGCUGGAAGAUGGUCAAGUCAAGCUGCAAUCAAGAUUGGAACAGGAAGAGGAAGCUAAAGCUGCCUUGUUGGGGAGAAUACAACGGUUAACAAAGUUAAUUUUGGUCUCGACAAAAACUUCACAAUCAUCAAGAGUUCCUAACCGCCUUGGUCCUAGAAGAAGGCAUUCCUUUGGAGAAGAGGAGCUUGCAUACCUUCCUCACAGAAGGAGAGACUUGAUCUUGGAUGAUGAAAACAUUGACUUGUAUGUCUCCCUUGAUGGGAAUUCUGAAACUGCUGAUGAUACAUUGAAGGAGGAGAAGAAAACCCGGAAGCAUGGGUUGCUAAACUGGUUAAAGCUACGGAAACGAGAUAGUGGUUCAGGGGCUUUGGCAAGCAACAGUGAUAAAUCAAGUGGAGUCAAGUCUAUUAGUACACCUUCAACUCCUCAAGCAGAAAGUGUUAAUUUUCAAAUGGAAUCCAGGCUUUCACAUUCUCCACUUACGGAAAACACUCGUGCGGAUCUCUUAUCAGAGGCCAGACAGCAUAGAGAAGGCCCUGAUGAUAAGUUUUUGGGACAAGAGACUCCUUUGACUAGUAUAAAGACAAUUGAUCAAAUUGAUCUUCUGAGAGAGCAGCAAAAGAUAUUGUCUGGAGAGGUGGCACUUCAUUCAAGUGCUCUAAAGCGGUUGUCUGAGGAGGUUGCAAGAAACCCUAGAAAGCAGCAUAUUCAUGUGGAAAUAAGAAAGUUGAAUGAUGAAAUCAGAACGAAGAAUGAACAAAUAGCUUUGCUCGAAAAGCAAAUUGCUGAUUCCAUUAAUGAUUCUCACAGCAAAAUGGAUAAUGUAGAAGCAUCACAAUCUGUAGCUGAACUAAUGGAACAACUGAAUGAGAAGUCUUUUGAGCUUGAGGUUAAAGCUGCAGAUAAUCGAAUAAUUCAAGAGCAGCUCAACCAAAAAAUCUGUGAAUGUGAAGGACUGCAAGAAACAAUUGCGUCCUUGAAACAACAGCUCUCUGAUGCACUAGAGCUGAAAAAUUCCAAUCCAAUCAUUGAGCAUUCACAACGUUACUUAGAAGCACAAAGCAUUAACGGAGAUUGCAUGGCCAACGAGAGUAAAGUGUUAAGAGAUUCAAAUGAAAGGUUGCUUCUACAAGCUCAGGGAACUGAAAUUGAAAGACUCAAACAUAAAGUGGCUGAACUAACUGAUGCAAAAGAGCAGCUAGAACUUCGGAACCAGAAACUAGCAGAAGAGAGUUCAUAUGCAAAAGGAUUAGCCUCUGCUGCUGCUGUUGAGCUCAAGGCGUUGUCAGAAGAAGUUACCAAACUCAUGAACCAUAACGAGCGACUAUCUGCUGAGCUGACGGCACAAAAGAGUUCCUCCCCAAGCCAGCGUAGAAAUAGCUCCUCCACUAUCAGGAACGGCCGCAGAGAUGGUCACGUCAGGCGGCAGCAGCAGGAUCAAGGUGGCGGUUUGACCUCAGAUUUCAAGAGGGAACUAGCUUUGAGCCAGGAGAGAGAGCUUUCGUAUGAAGCUGCUCUAGUAGAAAAGAAUCAAAGAGAGGCCGAGCUACAAAAGAAGGUAGAGGAAUCCAAACAAAGAGAGGCUUAUCUUGAAAAUGAGCUUGCAAACAUGUGGGUUCUUGUGGCAAAGCUAAAGAAGUCUCAUGGAGCCGAAAAUGAUGUUUCAGUUUCUGGGUUCACUAGAGAAAGCCAGGAAGUCAAUGAUGGUCUUGAUCUUCAAAUUUGGAAUGAACCGGAACCGACAAAAGGCUUUCAAUAGAAUUGGUUUGAUUUUUUAUAUAUGACUGGACUGAGAUUGUGUGUGGUGUGUAUUAUGCAUGGGGUGUUAUGGGUUGGUUGUGUAUUCGGAGUGAGGCUCUCUCUCUCUCUCUCUCUCUCUCUCUCUCCCUAAUGUUGAUUCUUUUGAGUGUAUUGUUGUACAAAUCAGGUUUCUCUUCUUCGUCAAGUGUAUCUAGCUAGUAUGGUCUCAUUACGAUAAUGACAAACGCUGGUCACAUGUUCACAAGUGUACGAAUGUAAUUUUCCUGAUCCAAAUGUAUGGCGUUGAUUAUUGUUUCUCUGAUCCAAAUUGUAAUUUUUUGGUAAUUAAUUUUUGCUGUUGGCUGC